AUGUUCCUCUUUGCUCCCAUAUUAUGUAUCAUAGCCUCCACUUCUCAAAAGAAUUUAAAGGUCAUUGCUAUCCCUUUGAUUUCUCUUUACUUUGGCCAUACUAUCUUCCUUGGAUUGCUCAAUAAUUUCUUCUUUGCAGGCAUGACUGCAUAUGUUAAACCCCCUUCGAGAAUUAUAAAGUCAAAUAAGGUGUCUCGUGUGCACAAAGAGAAAAUCUAUGGCCACUUGACAAUGAUAGAAGCCGUGGAAUUUGAUUAG